AUGACUGUUUUCAACAGAUCCAGGCCUGAUUCCCAACAGGCGGUGACUGGUCACGACAAUGAUAAUGAUGAAGAAUAUGCACAGAAAGGCCUUGUGGCGCCCCGGUAUAUGGGCACCAAGGCUGAUCAGCGAGAUAUGAAUGCUCUAGGUCGAGUACAGGUUUUGCGAAGAAAUUUUCGAUUUAUUUCCAUUGUUGGUUUUGGAUGUACCUUGAUCUGCACAUGGGAGGUGAUCUUGACAUUGUUAUCGGCUGGCUUGACCGAUGGCGGUACGGCGGGUUUGAUAUGGGGGUUUGUUGGUGUCUCCCUUGGAUUCUCUCUGGUGUAUGCCAGUAUAGCUGAGAUGGCCUCGAUGGCACCCACUGCUGGUGGACAAUACCACUGGGUCUCCGAGUUUGCACCGAAACGAGGACAAAAGUUCCUAAGUUAUAUCACAGGCUGGCUCUCUGCAAUGGGAUGGCAAUGUGCCAUCGUAUCCAUCGCCUACCUCGCCGGUACCAUCAUCCAAGGUCUGAUAGUCUUGAACCAACCAGACUAUGACUUCCAAAGAUGGCACGGCACAAUGCUCGUGAUAGCAAUCUCGACAUUCUCAAUUCUGUUCAACACAUUCCUAGCCAAGAAUCUACCUUUCGUGGAAGGACUAAUCUUAAUUAUCCACGUUGUCGGCCUGUUCGCUAUCAUCAUCCCGCUGUGGGUUCUCGCACCGCGGAACAAUGUUCGCGCAGUCUUCACCACGUUCAACAACGGGGGUGGCUGGGAUAAUUCGGGCACGGCAACACUGGUGGGCCUGUCGACUACCAUUACGUCGAUGCUUGGUUAUGACUGCGCGGUGCACAUGUCCGAAGAAAUCAAAGAUGCAUCAGAGACUUUGCCCAAGGCUAUGAUGUCCUCAGUUGCCAUUAAUGGCGUGCUAGGCUUCGUUAUGCUAGUCACGCUGUGCUUUACUCUAGGCGAAGUCGACAAAGUCCUCGAUAGCCCGACCCGGUUCCCAUUCAUUCAGAUCUUCUACAACACAACCGGCAGUAUAGCCGCUACGAAUGCGAUGACGGCCGUGUUAGUUGUAACACUAACUGCCAGCACAAUCACCGAAGUGGCGACCGCAUCGCGACAACUGUGGUCGUUCGCUCGUGACGAGGGACUACCCUUUUCGUCAUUUUUCGCAUAUGUCACACCAGGCUGGAACAUCCCCCUCAACUCGGUCAUGGUGUCACUAGUAGUAACGAUCCUCCUCUCGAUGAUCAACAUCGGAUCCCAAGUCGCCCUCAACGCCGUUAUAUCACUUACUAUAACAUCACUGCUCUCAGCAUACAUCGUCUCUAUUGGCUGCGUACUCCUCAAACGUAUUCGCGGAGAGUCACUCCCACACCACCGCUGGACACUGGGGAAAUUCGGUCUGGCGGUCAAUCUUGGGGCUCUGGCGUUUUUGUGCCCGAUGUUUGUUUUUUCUUUCUUUCCCCUGACCACUGACGUGACAGUUGAGACGAUGAACUGGAGCGUGGCGAUGUAUGUUGGCGUCAUUGGAUCGGCGUCCGUUUACUAUUGGGCUAGAGGGAGACAUCAUUUUAUUCCGCCUGUGGCUUUGGUUAAGAGGGAUGAAAAUCUUUAA